AACAGUUGAUGUUAGUUGACACUUUUUAUUAAACCUAUAUUUGACCUAUAUUCUAUGUUAUUUAUAUAUGUCCUUAGAAAUAUCAUUUAAAUUAUAUCAAACGUAUUUAAUGUGUGUAUAUAUACGUUUGCAUUUACGAAAGAAUAUCAUUCUAAAUGUUAGUUACGAGUACAUUCUAAGAAGAUUAAUAAAUUAUACUUCUUUCUUAAGUUAUCAUGCAAAAAAAAUUACUUUUUAUAUUAAUGCAUAUUAAGUUUUUAUUUCUGUUAUCAAUCGUCGCGCAUGCGGAAGAGGAAAUUACCACCAGAUUUAAAAUUCAACCAAUCAGAACCGAUCCCUUAAAAGCAGCAAUAUUUAAAAUACAAUCAAAUGCAGAUUAUAUGAGAAAAUCGUUUGCGAGAAAUAGAGAAGAUUAUUUAGAAAUUAUUGAAGUUAUAAAAACAAAAAAUAAAUCUGAUCGUAAAUUAAUAAUCAUAGAAUUAAUUCUAGAUAUUGUGCAUUCUAUUCAAGAAAGUUCAACAUUAAUAGAUAAUGCCAGAUCUAAUAUUAAAAAUGAAGCUUUUCCAAAGAGUGAUGGUAUUAUAAACGCCUUGUUUACGAUAUUGGAGAAAGUAUGA